AUGCCUUCGCAGCACCUCACGCGCACAGCGCGCCUCACAGCCCGACACCUGGCCUCACGCAACCCCCACAGCACGUCCCCCCUCAUCCGCGCCUUCAGCAGCACGCCAACACAGCGGGAGGUCAACAAGAUCGUGUCCUCGGCCCGCGAAGCCAUCGCAGACAUGCAGCCCAACAGCACCCUGCUAUGCGGAGGCUUCGGCCUCUGCGGCGUGCCCGACACGCUGAUCAACGAAGUCUCGGAGACGCCGCGGCUGACGGGCCUGACGGCCGUGUCGAACAACGCGGGCGUCCCCGGCUCGGGCCUGGGCAAGCUGCUGGACACCAAGCAGAUCAAGCGCAUGGUGGCCUCGUACGUGGGCGAGAACAAGGUCCUGGAGCAGGCGUACCUGACCGGCGAGGUGGAGCUGGAGUUGACGCCCCAAGGCACGCUCGCGGAGCGCUGCGCCGCCGGCGGCAAGGGCAUCCCGGCCUUCUACACGCCUGCGGCGUUCGGCACCGUGGUGCAAACCGGCGAGAUUCCGCUGAAGCACAAGGCCGACGGCGCCAUCGCCGAGUACGGCAAGCCACGGGACGUCAAGGUGUUUAGCGGCAAGAGCUAUGUCAUGGAGGAGGCGAUCCAGGGCGACUACGCGUUCGUGAAAGCCUACAAGGCCGACAAGCUGGGCAACGUGCAGUUCCGGCUUACGGCGCAGAACUUCAACGGCGCCAUGGGCCGCAAUGCGCGCUGCACGAUCGUCGAGGCCGAGCACAUCGUCGAGCCCGGCGAGAUCAGCCCGGAAGCCGUGCACCUCCCCGGCAUCUACGUCAAGAAGGUGAUCCAGUCGACGGCGGCGAAGAACAUUGAGAAAUACACCAACCGGCCGGCGCAGGGCGAGGCGCAGGACGUCAAGAGCGCGCUGGGCAAAGGCGACGCGGCCAGCAAGCGCGAACGCAUCGUGCGCCGCGCGGCCAAGGAGUUCAAGAACGGCAUGUACGCGAACCUGGGCAUCGGCAUGCCCAUGCUGGCCCCUUCGUUCCUGGACGAGUCCGUCAGCGUCACGCUGCAGAGCGAGAACGGCAUUUUGGGACUGGGGCCCUACCCGUACAAGGGCGAGGAGGACGCCGACCUCAUCAACGCCGGCAAGGAGACGGUCACGCUGCUGCCCGGCGCGAGCACGUUCGGCAGCGAUGAGAGCUUCGGCAUGAUUCGUUCUGGCCGUAUCGAGCUCACGAUGCUGGGCGCCAUGCAGGUCAGCGCCAAGGGGGAUCUGGCUAACUGGAUGCUGCCCGGUAAGGUCAAGGGCUUUGGCGGCGCGAUGGACCUGGUCAGUAACCCGGAGAAGACCAAGGUGGUGGCCUUGCUGGAGCACACGGACAAGAAGGGCGGGGCGAAGAUCCUGAAGCAGUGCGAUUUCCCGUUGACGGGGAAGCAGUGCGUGUCGAGGAUCAUUACUGAAUUGUGUGUGUUCGACGUCGAUUUCACCGAGGGCUUGACCCUCGUCGAGCUGGCGGACGGGGUCACGGUGGACGAGAUCAAGAGCAAGACCGAGGCGCCAUUCAAGGUGGCGGACAAUAUCCAGCCGAUGCUGUGA